GACGGGCUUAGGUAUAGUAUGUAUUAAAUGUCCACAUCAUGACUCGCAAAUAGCACUUGGCGAACAUAUUAAGUGGCUUUCAUGUUUUUCAUUUAUACCCUUGUCAGAUACCAGAUCUCCACGUAUUAAAAAGAUUCACCUUCCCUUGCGCGUAGCGAUAAUAUAUACUGGCUAGCUUCAUCUUCAUCUUACGUAUCCCCACGGGGCUGAUCGUGGAGAAAUCUAUAUUCGGGAUGCCCGAACCUUAACCUAUCGAGACUUGAAAUCGCAAAUCGAGUCGCCAAGACACUGGCAUGCCGUGAUAGAAAAUUUGGUUGGCUCGGUAUUAUGUAGGUCCAAACCGUUGAGACGUACAUAUGCUUGCACUUUCGUGGUACGCGGAGGCCGGGCUAUCUCCCGGGCUUCUACCCGCCACCUGCCCAGGUAUCGUCUACCAACACGACGAAAUUUGUUGCAGCUCGUUACCGCGACGAAUUAGAUACCCAUGAUUCCCCGGUCUUGUCAGCCCAUUCUCCGCGUUAGCCUACCCCGGAUUUUGAAUCUCUGCUCUGGGUCAAGGGGUACAUAAUUGCCCACUGCUGAUCGCUCCUUGUCUCUGGGUGUUCCUUAACGCAGUCUCCAUUCGAUGUAAUACACUGGUGGCUCUUUACCACCAUUGAGACGAAAUGACCAAACCUGAAACGCAGGGCGACAUGAGCGCCAUCACUUCCGUGGAAGAUGACCGCGUACUAGGUCACGUAGAUAGAGAUAGCGAGAUUGAAGCCUAUGCCGGCACGACUGGGACGCAUAUCGACGAUGAAACCAACAAGAAGCUAUUUUGGACGGUCAAUAAGCGAAUCUUAGCAUGCAUGCUAGGAACGUACUUUUGCCAAUCUUUGGAUAAAGGAACCCUAGGUUUCGCGUCCGUUAUGAACAUCAAGGCAGAUGCUAAUCUGCAAGGCCAAGAUUAUAGUUGGCUAGGGACAAUUUUGUAUAUGGGUAUUCUCGUCGGCGAGUACCCUACGAACCUGCUUCUUCAAAGGCUCCCCGUCUCAAAAUAUCUAUCUGCCAAUGUAUUCUGUUGGGGUGUUAUUAUCGCCUGCUCGGCUGCAACUCAUAACUUUGGGUCUCUGAUGGCCGUCCGCUUCCUUCUUGGCAUCUUCGAGUCAUGCGUACAGCCAGCAUUCAUUAUCAUGACUUCUAUGUGGUAUACUAAACGUGAACAAUCCAUCCUAACCUCACUCUGGUACUGCAUGACCGGGGUCCAACUAAUGGUCGGGGGUUUAAUUGCCUAUGGCGCAAGUCACUUCCAAGGUCAUUCACUCAAAUCUUGGCAGCUGCUCUUCCUCGUACUCGGAUGUGCCACUUGUGUCUGGGCUGUCUUCAUCGGCUGGUGGUUACCGGACAGUCCCAUGAAAGCUAAGUGCUUCGACGAAGACCAGAAGCGACUGAUGAUUGAGCGCGUACGUGCCAACGAAACGGGUAUCCAAAACAAAACGUAUAAGCGGUACCAGAUGCUCGAGACGAUAAAGGAUCCGGUGAUCUGGUGCUAUGUUAUGCUCCAGGUUACUUCUACCCUCGUUAUCGGCGGCCUGGGGGUGUUUAGCAAUCUAAUAAUCUCGGCGUUUGGAUUCUCAUAUCUUCAAACGCAGCUUCUUAACAUUGCUCAAGGGGCUGUUACCAUCAUAGUCAUGGUGGGAGGGGCUUGGCUGGCGACUUGGACGAACCAGACGGCUAUCAUCAUGCAUCUUUGGACCCUUCCGGCUAUUAUCGGCACUGCUAUCAUAUAUUCGAUCCCUCCUAACCCUACAAAUAAAGUCGGGCUCUUGAUCGCUUUUUACUGCACGCAGUUCUACCUUGCUGAGGGUAAUAUGAUCUUUUCCUUGAUCUCUCGGAAUGUAGCGGGGCAGACGAAAAAGUCCACAACUCUGGCUAUGACCUUCAUCGGUUGGGCCGCCGGUAACAUGGCAGCUCCCCAGAUUUUCCAAGAAACAGACGCGCCUCGAUACCAGAAAGGAUUCACUGCCCACUUUUGCCUUUAUGUGUUAUUUAACCUGUUUUUAAUUCUCCUCCGAGUGUUGCUUGUCCGGAGGAACGUAGUUAAGCGGCGUGAUGCUUCUACGAUAAUCACUAGGAAACGGGAAGCUAGCUCGAGCAAUGACGAAAAUAUCGAGCACGCCCACGCGUUCGACGACUUGACGGAUAAAGAAAAUCCCGAUUUUAGAUAUGAACUAUAGGUGAUAUAUGUAUUAUAUCGGUGAGACGCUGUCGGAAUGAUAAUGGACGUAGUUAUCGGCAUUUACUUAUAUAUCUUCUAAAUAUAAUAUCUACUUUUUUACUCUA